UACGACAUUAACACGAUAUUGGUACGAUAGAAGGUUUUAUUGUUACUAUAUUCAUGUACGAUUGGGGUACGAUAAUGGUACGAUUGGGGUACGAUAGUUACUAUAUUCAUGUCUGAUAGUUUUUUGUUUGUUUAUUUUGGUACGAUAUUGUGGUUACUGACUUAAUUUUCCUUUAAUGUAGCAUUUAGAUGCAGCAUUCCAUCUCAUGAGGAGGCGUCUAGAAUUUUAUCCUAACGUGUACCCUCAUAAAUGUGUUGUUAUGCCUACAAUUUUUCCCGAAUCAUUGAAGGGUCGGUGGGACGCUUUUCCAGGUUCUGACUACUCUAGAUUUAGUUGGGAUGACAGUAUAUUGGACCUGGUUAGGGGUGAUGCAGUCCAGUUCUUACCGAGUUGGCAGAACAAGGAGUUCAUUUAUUUUGCCCUCUUCUUGAAAGACCAAAUGCAUUGGGUAGCUGUAGAGGCAGACCUGAAUGGGUGGAUGCUCAACAUCUUUGACUCCAGUAUUGGAUCAAUUUCCGAAAACGAUUUGAUCAGCUUGAUGGUUGACUGGUGUACCAUUCUCCCGUCGGUCUUGCGACAGUUCGGUUUAUUUGAGAACCAUGACGUUAUACUCGCGCCUCAGUUGACAGCAUCAGAGAGUCAGGUCAGACCCUUCGAUUGGAAACUCAUUCCACGUGAAUUCGUACCGCAAACAAAAUCCAGUGGCGAUUGCGGAUGUUACGUAAUUGAGCAUAUUGAACAUAAGCUUCUACAACUACCAUUUGAUAAUGUAACUGACAAUAAUAUGAAACUUUUUAGGCAAAGGUGGUGUGUAGACUUAUUCUACCAAAACUUAUGUUGAACGGUCUUAAUUUUUUUGAAUUGUAUAAUUUUUUUGAUUGCUCUUUUUGUAAUUACUACAUUUUAAUGUGCUUAAUCUUUGCAUCGUACUAUCGUCGA